CGCCCAGCCGCCGCCCCGCCCGACCCUGCCGCCGCUGUGGGCGAGCUCCUGGGGGAGGGGGCGGAGGCCAGCGCGGACGGGACGGGGCGGGAGUCAUCGCGGCAACGUGCGCGGGGCCGCAGCCGCGCAGACACCGCCCGGGCCACAGACACCUUCGCUCCUCGUAGCUGCCUCCGCGUCCCAGCCUAGCUCUGCGGCAGGCAGGAGGAGCCGCCGGAUCUCGACUCCGGAGUUCGCGGCUGUCGCCAGGCUUCCCCGAGCGGCGCCGACGCUCCCGCCGUCCGGACGCGCGACCCUGCGCCAGCGCCGCAGCCACCUGCUCCGAGUCUCCGGGCGAGCACAACCAUGCGCCCCACUCCGGAGCUCUCCGUGCUGCUGCUGCAGCUGGUGCUGCUACUGUCGCCUCCAUCUCUCUCCCAGAAUGAUGGAAAUGAGACUAGCACAUCUGUUAUCAAAUCUAGCACUGUCCAGAGCCACCAAGGCACCUCGGUAGCGACAACGAAUACAGCACCAACAAAACUCACAACUGAUAGCCCAGUGACAACUACAUUUUCUGCAGCCCAGCUGAGCAACCCUACAUCAUCCAAAACCUCAGUCCAACCUUCGACGACUAUUCCGACCUCCAGGGACGAUCAAAGCAGUGGCGGUCCGACUACAACGUCCAGUGGCUCCGAACAGGACAAGACUAAAACCAGCUCCCCCAGUAGCACUGCGGCCACUAGUAGCAGUGGACAGACGAUUUCCUCUGGAAGCAAGAGUGGGGACGGUCUUACCACAGCCCCACCAACCACUUUGGGGCUAACCAAUCACGUCUCUUCUCAGACUACUGACAUUACUACCUCCUCAAAGCUUCCUUCUACUCCCACAACGGACAGCACAGAAAGCCCUCACCAGCCUGUGGCUUCUUCUUCACAGAGCACAGAGAGCCAUCCUGGGGGACAGCACACCCCUACUGCUGUUCCCAGCAGCCCUGGCUCCGUGUCUAGCACUGACAACUCUACACUGUCAUGGAAGCCUGCUACACACCAAUCACUGGGCACCUCUGAGGCCACUCAGCCCAUCACCAGCCAGGUGCCAGCCGUCACUACAUUGCCUGUCUCCACAACGCUGCAGCCUACAGGGUCUCCAAUGGGAACUGAGGUCGUGCCUACGACUGAAGGGUCCACGCACCCCGACUCUAAUUGGACUCCCGUGGUCCCUCAAGGCCCCAGCACACCCUCUCCCAUCUGGACCUUUAAGAACUAUAUGUUAAAAUGCGAUCCUCCCAUACUGCCAGACGAGGAACUCCUCAUUCUGAACUUCACAAGAGGCAACCUUUGCGAAGGGAGCCCUCCGGAUGAAAGACUCGUGGAACUGCUGUGUUACUCAGUCAAAGCCUCCUUCAAGCCAGCUGAGGAUUCGUGUGUUCUCCAGUUGGCCCCUAUCCUAAAGGACCAGGCAGUGGCAGUGAAGAGAAUCAUUAUUGAGACGAAACUUUCUCCUAAGACCGUGUAUGAACUGCUGAAGGACAGAUGGGAUGACCUGACAGAGGCCGGAGUCAGUAACAUGAAGCUGGGGAAGGAAGGCCCUCCAGAGGCCAACGAGGAUCGCUUCAGCCUGCCCCUCAUCAUCACCAUUGUCUGCAUGGCGUCCUUCCUGCUCCUCGUGGCUGCCCUCUACGGCUGCUGUCACCAGCGGAUCUCCCAGAGGAAGGACCAGCAACGACUCACAGAGGAGCUGCAGACAGUAGAGAAUGGUUACCAUGACAACCCAACCUUGGAAGUGAUGGAGACUCCUUCUGAGAUGCAGGAGAAGAAGGUGGUCAACCUUAAUGGGGAGCUGGGGGACAGUUGGAUCGUCCCCCUGGACAACUUGACCAAGGAUGACCUAGACGAGGAGGAAGACACACACCUCUGAUCAGCCUGUCAGCCACCCCAUCUGCACUGCAGCGCUCCAGACCACCCAACGUGCCAUUUGGACAGGGGGCAGUGUCCCACCUGACGACAGAAAGACUGGGGAGGGAGAAUGGACCCAGGGUUGUCUCCCUCCUCCCAAUCCCCACAGGGCCUUAAUUUUGCCUUUCAAGUUCAACCAAGUCACAGUCUGUCUAGUUCCCUCACGUAAAAUGACCUACUGACCUACUUGUGCCUGAGCACAGAGCCACGGGAAGGCAAGAAGAUGGCGAACGACAUGUGAGAGGCUCCGGAGCUCCUCUAGGAACAGCACCCUCUCAUCUCCUAAGAUGACCAAGGCCUUAAGAGGUCAGGUGACUUGCGCAGGGCCACACAGCCAUUUGGUGACAAAGGUUGUUUCCCUCAGUCUGCUUCAUAGCAUCAAGACACACUACUGUGUUCAUCUGUGCUCAUUCCCCAAGACACCAGACACUUGCAGGAGGGCAGGCUGGAAAGAGAACCAAGCCUCUAAGGUCUCAAGGACAGGUCCCAAAUUCCCAUCUCCUAGAAUAUGGCCUCUGUUAGCUUGGAUCCUGCCUCCCUUGAGUCAGUCUUUGGUCCCAUUGUUUCCCGGGCAUGGCUUUGAACCUCUUGUUCUAUAUUCUGAUUUCUUUGCCUUUGCUUAGUGGGAUUGGGACCUAACUCACAGGCCUCAGUAUCUAAUGGAGUCUGCCUCAGGGGUGGGUGGGCAGGCAGAGAGAAAGGAAGCUUACAUUCAGAUAGCGUCCUCCCUCCCGGCAGCUGAUUCUGUGCUGACACUGGCCUAUCAUUCAAGACGCUCCCUAGAACACACUCCUCAAAAUCUCCUCUGGGCUUCGGCUCCCACUAGAAACAAAUCUGCAGUGGCUACUGAAAGCAAGAUGUUCCUUUUUCAUCAUGACUCCUCAAAACCUAGUGUCACAGAGCAGUUGUCUAGGGACAGACAUGUCCCGGGGUCCCAACUGGUCCCUGAUUGGCAAAUGUGUCUCAGCAGACAAUCGAUCUAACCUACCAGGCAUUAUUGUUCUACAGGAAGCUCAGGGACUUUUCAAGUUACUGAGAACUUGGGUUGGUGUGUUGUGGUGGUGUGUGUGUGUGUGUGUGUGUUUGUUUAAUUCAUCUCCUUACUGCCAAAGGCCAAAGCUCAGAUCCUGGAGGCUGUUAGCUAAUUCCGUCAGUUUGUACCCUCCUUUGCUGUGGAGAAAGGCCCAGAAUGUGCAGUUUUGAGAUCCCUUUGCCUACUCUCCCAGCAUGGAGCCAGGCUUUUGUUUCCGUGUUCUUAGUAGCAUUCCAGCUCUCCCAUUUCCGAUGGCAUCUCAGGGAAACAUAAAACCAUGCCUCGUACCUAGCACAGGGUCUUUACAGGGUCAGCAGUGUCAAGCAGUCAUGUACAAGGCUGCUGAGGGCCAGCAUCGUGAUGUCUCAUCUGGUUUUCUGAAGAAGGGGUGAGGGGACCCUGUGAGGAGCUUUGAACAUGGUCCCUGGUUUGUAUUGUUCUUGGGCAUAAGUUCUCAUGACUGUCUGGUUUGGAGCAGCUUAAUUUAAAAGGGGAGUUGGGGGUACAGACAGGUGUCCUCUGCCCAAUUCCAUCUUUACAGCUGUCACUCUGAGAUACAGGCUGGGGAGAAAAGGCUGACAUAAGUCAGGGAAGGCUCUCAGUGAGUUUCACAAGAGCUUGAAAAAAUGCUAACAAGAACUUGCAAGCACCUUGGGCUGCUUCUCUCAGAUUUGUAGGGAAGGGCGGGGCGCAGUGCCAACUGGGGGUGGGGCGGAAGAAUUAGGCCUGUUUGUUCCCUGCAUUAGGCGCUGUCACCCAGGGGGCUCUGUUCUGUCAUGGCCUGAGAGGCAGGCAGGAUUUCUCCUUUGCUACAGUCAGUGGGGCAAGGCCAUCUGACAGACAGCAAAUGCUCUUUCUGCAAACUGGUCACAGAUUUCAACCCUGCAGCCUGUCAGAUAUGACUAUAAUAUUAGACAACAGAAACUAUGUCUGGGCUGGAGGAAUAGCCACAGCCCUACCUAGGCUGUGCUACCUGGCCCAGCGUCCCUUCCUGUGUAGCCUUUAAUACAGCUUGAGAAUCUGAUACUUGGCCUUCCCUUGCUCUUACUGCUGGGACAUCUGUUCAACAGGUCUUGCUGCUAGUACCUAUAAAAGUCGUCUUCCUGUGUUUAUUACUGGGUUUUUAGAGCUGUCUGUUAAUUCAGAGUCUUAGGCCCAGUCUGAGACAAGGAAGGGGGUUGGGGGGGGGGGUGACUUUAGAACCAGCUGUACCAAAGAGAAAUCUGAGCUCUUCAUCUCAGUGGAAAAUGGUUUUCCCCAGCUGCAAACCCCAAGGGCCUGAUGGCUGUGACUGUGCUAAUCAGCUGAGCAUGUGGCACUGGGCAGUCUGCCUGCAGAACAGGCUCUAGAGUCACCUAGGACACUCAUGAUUCCUAUCUUCCCUGACAGAGAAAGCCAGCAGGUGGUUGAGUUUUAUUGGGUUUUUGGUUUGUUUGUUUUGUUUUGUUUUGUUACUUUUUGGGUAAUACACUGAUGAAACUUUAAAGAGCAAGUUGAAGUUGACAAGAUCGAUGCAUGUUUUUGACAAUGUAAAUACAAGAGCCACAUGUUUAUUUACCCUGUACUACUUUCAGAAGAAAAAUUUGAUAGCUAAGCCUCCCUCCCCACUUCUGAACAAGAAUGUAAGUGUUUUUAGUAGAAAUGACUUUUUUAAAAAUGAAGAACACAAGACGGGCUGGUAACAGACAUAUCUGCCUUGUAGAUAGGGGAUUUAAAUUUUUUAAAAACUAGCCUUGCUCCUCCCCAGCCAGGUCUCAGUCCUGCUGCAGUUCAGGCUGGAGGUGAGAAUGGUCUGUGACGGUCACAGGGAAGUUUUGGAGACUUUCUGCAGGAAAGCACGUCUGAAGCCACAAAGACUCUCCCCGGGGACAGAGACAAGAUGAAGACAUGCAUCCCAGACUGCCCGCCCUGUGCUGCAUGUUUCUCAAGAACAGGGGAUGCAGGACUGCAACUUCGAGGUACAAGGUUAAUACAGGAUACCGCCAGUCCUUCGUCACAACAACCCCGAGGGCUGGGAGGACACAAGGGACACAAAGGACCGUGCACUGGGCUCUGGAGCCACAUGGUCCAAGGUGUAAAUAAACAUUCUGGGGGCUUGGUUUUUGUUUGUUUAGUUUUUCCUGUCAGGAAAUAAUUUUGAAAACUCCCUGAGGAACGUCCAGUGGAACUAGGAUCAAAGGGAGUGGCACAGAUGAAGGCAGGGAGGGGCGGGUGCUGUCAAGCAGCCUUUGUCACUGUCAGGUUGUCAGGUGUCGUCUGAUGCUUCCCUAGGGUCUGCGGAGAACCCACCACUGGCCGGGAUGGCUGGUUCAUGGGGCCUUUCUGUUUCUUUGUGAAUGUUAACCAGCUGCCCAGGAGAUUGGGGGAGUGUAUGUCGUAGUGGACAGGGGUCUAAAAUACACUGGAAUUUAUUGAGAGAUUAUAGUUAACUAUUGCAUUUUCUUAUAAAGUAUAUUUUCGAAAAUUGUACACUGUCAAUUAAAAUGCUUUUGUGUAAGCUGG